AUGAGAGAUUCGGCAGGUAUGUUUGGGAAUUCUGGUGAUACAGGUGUGCUUGAGCUCACAGGGAAAAUCAUGAUGGUGGGUAUAAUACUCCUUUUCUUCGUGGUAGUCUUUGUCUUUUGUCUCCAUCUCUAUGCCAAAUGGUUCUGGCACCGCCGCCAAGAAAACGCCACCGCCACCACCACAAGCACAAGCCGCCAUCGCCGCCGCCUUGAUUUUGCUGCUGGGCAACUAGAAGUAACUGUUAUCACUGCUCGCCCAGGCCUAGACCCUGCGGUACUCAAAACCAUACCUGUAGUUGUAUGUGAUCCCAAAGAGUUUAAAGAAGGAUUAGAAUGUGCAGUGUGUUUGUGUGAGAUCUCUAAUGGUGAAAAGGCCAGGCUUUUACCAAAAUGUAAGCAUGGAUUUCAUGUUGAAUGCAUUGAUAUGUGGUUCCAAUCACAUUCCACUUGCCCUCUUUGUCGAAACCCAGUUUCGAAUUCGAAUCAAUCCUCUUCAAAUUCUGUAACUACUGAAUCUACACUGGAGACUAUAUUACAAACCCCAAUUGGGGAAAAUUCAGGUGUUCAUGGUACAGAUGUUCCAAGUUUCCCUACCAAUGUGUUGUUUUGGGGCAAUGAAAGUCAGAUUAGCAUAUUGGGUCCUUGUUUGGAGGAUGGCAGUGGAAUUAGUACCACUUCCACUUCCUCUCAGCCACCUAGUUCUUCGACUUCAUCAUCGUCAUCCCAGUCGCCAAGUUCUUCGACUACAUCGUCAUCCCAGUCGACUAGUAAUAGGCUGGAAGGCACGGUGUUGAUUGAUGUACCAAGGCAGUUUAAUGAAGAGGAAGAACAAAAGUCUCUGGUGCCUACAAGAUUGAGAUCAUUGAAAAGGCUAUUGAGUAGUAACAGAAGGAUCAAUCCUUGCAGUCCUAGAAAUGGUGAUCUAUAA